UUCACAGCGACGCAAAGGCUGACGAUUUGAGAACUGCCGCCUUUUUGAUCGAUUUCUGUGGUCUUCCGUAUGUCACUUUAAACUCUCGGAUUAUCCUAUUCGUGUUCUUCGAGAUGUUCAUAACUUUCGAGCGAGAUAAGAUAUGAGUAGCUCCGUAGAAGAUUGGCUUCGAUCGCUCGGUUUUAUUCACUACACACAAGCCUUUCUGGAUAAUGGCUAUGAUGAACUCGAAAUUUGUAAAGAGAUUGGGAAGGAGGAUUUGGAUGCAAUUGGUGUUAGGAACUUCAAGGACAGGACAGACAUUCUUAAUGCUGUUGAACGCCUAAAACAGAGUGGCACCGCUGUGUACUUUGUCCUUGAAGGAGGUGACAUCGAACCCUUACAAGCGCAGCCCGAGCGUGAUACAUACCCCCCAGUUUCAUUGAAGAUGAUGUUGCACGAUAAACUUGAAGAAGACAAAAUCGAUUUAACCACACAUCCGUACUCUAAACCGGAUGGCUCUGAGGGAUGUCUAGACACACUCGUAACCAUCUAUGCAGAUAAGUUUUACACAUAUGAGGAACAUGUGCUGAGAGCUUUAAGAAUUUUACGUCAAAACAAAGUGGAAAAAGAAGGAGCAUAUAAUGAUUCCUCUUCACAGGUUUCGGGUCCUCCUCAUUCUCGUGACAGACAUAGUUCAACAAGGCAUUCUUCAAAAUCAAGGCAUUCGGGUGAUCACAAUGAAGAAGCUGCCUCAGAAGAUGACAUUCAUCAUAGAUCUGUUUCUUCAGAAGACCCAGCUAGUCCAGCUGGGAGAGGUUUAAUGCUACCUGACUACUUGGAUGUUGACAGCCCAGCCCAGCGCGGAAAGAAGGAAAAGAAACGGAGGAAAGUGGAAAGAAAUACUAAGCUUUCAAGGAGUUUGGACUCCUUGAAAGAGUUACACGUCAACGUGGAGCCAAAGCCCAGGGAUAGAGAAGCUUCCUCUUUAAAAUCCAAACCAUUCAAAUUCAAGCUGUUUCAUGGCAGCAAGAAAAAGAACCAUGGAAAUGAGAUAAAGAAGCAGCCUUUGGAAAAAAAGCUGUCAAAUCAGAGGAAGGAGGAUUAUGAUGUGCUGGCAUCAGCCAUUAAAAUGGGAGAGGAAGAUCGCAUGGCACUCAUGAUCAUGGUCAAACAAGGGGACCUCACUGUAGAAGAAGCUGUAGAACAGUUGAAGAGGUAUGAAGAGGACUGCAAAAAAGAGGAUUAUUUAAAACCCAAGAGCGACUUUUCCAGUGAAGAUGAAAAGAUGGGUAAUAAACCCAAAUUAAAGCGUGGUAUUUUUGGAAAAAGCACUAAGAGAAAAUCAAACAGCAGACCUUCAUCUGAGUUUAUUGCAUGUGAAAUGACAACCAUGAGUGAGGAAGAUAGGAUUAACUUAAUGAGGAGCGUGAAAAAUGGAGAGAUGAGUGUUGAACAGGCACUCAAACGAUUUGUCAGUUAUGAAGAGAAACAUAAGAGAUCUGACUCGGAUGAUGCUUCGUCUUCAAGGCCUGCUAAAGAAUCACCCAGGUUACUUAAAGGUUCUGGAUUUUCACGUAUCAGUAUCAAGAGAGUGUCUGGUGUCCUGCAGUCUUCACUCAAACUGCCUGGUAAUCCUGCUCAAGAACCAAAUGCUGUAUUUUACACUGGAGAGGAGGGAAUAAAUGCAGAUGGUGGCAGUGUGGACAGCAGUGUAAGCUCAGGAGAUGAGGUCCCGGUAGCUCACGACUCCUCCCCAGCCCCAUCUCCCAAAAGGUUUCUGGAGAACGUUCAGGGCGUAACUAAGUCACAGCACAGCUCAUCCAGCAGUGUAGAUAGCAUGGGGAGGGCGGACGACAAACCGGUCACUAGUGCCCCUUUACACAGGCAACCCAACUUCUUGUCUGAGAUGAAAGUGGUCUUGGGAAAGCAAGCUCAGUCUGUUGACAAUAUUGCUACAGAGAGCGGAGAUGGUAAAUUACAGCAAGAUCAGAAGCCUCGACCACCCCUCCCUGGUAGACAAGCGUCGCCUCCUGUGAUGGAGACCCAAAGGAAUAUUCCUUCAUCUAAUUCCGCAGGUUCCCCGAAAAGGGUCCCUGAUGUGCCAUCUAGACCAGGGUCCACAGUGUCGGUACCUCACAGGGCACCUCCUCCAAUACCUACACGACCAAAUUCCAAGAAUGCAGAGGAACGUAGGAAGUCCGAUGAUGUACAAGCAGUUGAAACGUCCCUAUCAAAGGAUUUGGCAAACGAGGUUAUAUCGAAUGACCCCAUACUCGAAACAAAAACUCUUGAAUCUGCAAAGCUUAACAAUGAUCAAAGUCAGAAACCGAAAAUAGGAAAAGCGACAGGAGGCGAGCUACUGGAGGGUCAGGUUCACCUUAAACCUGCCCCAGUAAAACAACAAGGCGACGAAAUUACCGGCGAAGGCGUAAAAAAGCCCAGACACAGACCACCGCCCUUGCCACCUCGACCCAAGAAUUCAACAAAUGCUCAGGAAGACACGGAUGCUCGUAGUGUGGAGACUCAAACAAGUCCUCCGCAUGCUAAACAAGGAAAGUUCGGCAAGGACUCAAAAUUAGCGGCUUCAACCGAAGAGAUUUAUAAAGUGCCUUCAGUUCACAACGUUAGCGAGAAACCACAGCUUAAACCGAAACCCAAACCGAAGCCAAGACCGCGCGCAAAACAGGCUGAAGACACAGAAAAUGAGCUGUAUACAGCGGUGCCUCCACCACGCCCUGUCGAGGGGGCAACAUCGGGAGUUACGCGUACCCAUGGGGAAUCUAGCAGCGGCGGUAUGGGAACAAACAUGGUUAGAGUAGAAAGUAAGCCGUCAAUUUCGAAAAGAACUGAGUUAGAAGUUUCGAAAAACGAAGCGGAGGACCACUCUUCGCCGCCAGUUCCGGUGCCACGAGUUAAACGAGCUUCGCACUCAUUAGGGGAGAUGGUGGAAAGAAAACUGCAUAUAGAGCACAUCGAUCUAACUCAGGAACCCUACACAGAUGCGAAUGGUUGCUGGGGUGUCCCAGUGAAUCUUGUGGACCGAUACGCUGAAGAACUCCGCCGAUCACACGAAGAACUCGCUAAUAUUUUGGAGAGAUUAAGAGUCGGGAAGCUAAAGCAAGCUGGUAGAACAGCUGUUCCCUGUAACGUAUCGGAAUUAAAAUUUGCAAGAGAUCCUCUCGGAAGCUUGGGAAGUAUGGAAGAGUGGCUGAUUUCAUUAGGUCUACCCAUGUAUAUCACCAGUCUUGCUGAAGUAGAAUAUGACGACAUGGCAGCCAUGCCUGGUAUGGAGGAAAGACAUUUCCAAUUUGCGGGUAUAUCAGAUCCUAGGCAUAUGAGCCGGCUAUUGGCUUCAGUAGAGGAGAUGAGUAGGUGACACGAAAUAAGGGACCCUAAAAUGAGCUCCACUAUAGUGUUUCCUGAAGGACCUGUGAUAUUUGGCGCCUUUCUAAACCAAGGAUGUCAAAGAAAUCAUUGUUGACAAAGAAGCUACUUGUCACUUAAAGACGUUAUUCGUUUUGGUGAAAAUAUUGACAAAAUUGUUGUGAAGAGUGCAUUUCAAGAACAUUGCAAUCAAGAAAUAUGAAUAUGAAACAUUAAGAUAUUAACGAAUAACCAGAAAUUCAAAUAAAUUCAUACAUAGAUGAAUUGAAAAUUACAUUGCAGGAAGGAUUUGCUUGUAGAGUUAACAAAAUGAGCGAAGCCGGCUAUAUCAAGAGUCGAGCGAGCAAAACGUUUUAUUAAUUAUCCGUCGUAAUAUGGUAAACAGGCUGCGCUGCACGUACGGUGCUCCUGUUAGUUGUUUGAAAUAAAUCAACGUGAAAGAA